GUAUUUCCGUGUCCGCCUGCCCCCGUCGCGUUUGGUUGGACCGGCUUGUUGCGGGGAGGGCGGGGGAGAUUGUUUGCUAUCCAGGAGCUCCGCGCACGGGAAGCUCCCCGGAGACGCUCAUCCGACGCCUCUGCCUGCGCCUGGUCUUCUCCACCACCCACAGCCCGGAGGCGCGCCUGCCUCGGCCUCCCGAAUGGUGCUUCUCUGCGCAGCCCUCGGCCCAGCAUCCAGGCCCCCUCUGCCCCCUGCCUCGGAGCUGUGGCUCCGGCGACGCCUGGUGGACUCCCUGUGGUGCGGAGAGAGGAGCGUCUGCAUACAGCCCCCAGUUCCAGGAACCCCCGGCAGCUGCUACCUCUGCCUCUAACCGCGCGAGUGACCUUCCUGCGCGCCCUGGUCCGCCUUGUGAGCCGAGAAGCCUUCUUGCCGUCCAAGCCCAGGAAGCCCCCCGCUGGGGUCCUGGUCCCAGCAUGUCGGUCCUGUCCUGAGCGUAGGGCUCUGCCCUCUCGGGGCCGAUGGCAGAGUGCAGGCAGGUCCCGGGGGGACGGGAGACUCCGCAGGGCGAGCUGCGGCCGGAGGUGGUGGAGGAUGAAGUCCCCAGGAGUCCAGGGGCCGAGGAGCCUGGUGGUGGCGGCGGCGGCAGCAGUGAGUCCAAGUUGUCGCCACGAGAGGAGGAGGAACUGGACCCUAGGAUACAGGAAGAACUGGAGCACCUGAACCAGGCCAGCGAGGAGAUCAACCAGGUGGAGCUGCAGCUCGAUGAGGCCAGGACCACCUACCGGAGGAUCCUGCAGGAGUCGGCCCGGAAGCUCAACACGCAGGGCUCCCACCUGGGCAGCUGCAUCGAGAAGGCCCGGCCCUACUACGAGGCCCGGCGGCUGGCGAAGGAGGCGCAGCAGGAGACGCAGAAGGCGGCACUGCGCUACGAGCGGGCGGUGAGCAUGCACAACGCAGCGCGCGAGAUGGUCUUCGUGGCGGAGCAGGGCGUCAUGGCCGACAAGAACCGCCUGGACCCCACGUGGCAGGAGAUGCUCAACCAUGCCACCUGCAAGGUGAACGAGGCGGAGGAGGAGCGGCUGCGGGGCGAGCGGGAGCACCAGCGGGUGACGCGGCUGUGCCAGCAGGCGGAGGCCCGGGUGCAGGCCCUGCAGAAGACACUCCGGAGGGCCAUCGGGAAGAGCCGCCCCUACUUUGAGCUCAAGGCCCAGUUCAGCCAGAUCCUGGAGGAGCACAAGGCCAAGGUGACGGAGCUGGAGCAGCGGGUGGCCCAGGCCAAGACCCGCUACUCGGUGGCCCUGCGCAACCUGGAGCAGAUCAGCGAGCAGAUCCACGCACGGCGCCGCGGCCUGGUGCACCCACGGGGGCCCCGGCGCUCCUCUCCGGUGGGUGCCGAGGCCGGGCCGCAGGGCCUUGAGGAGGCUGACAGUGGGGCCGAGGGCGGCGUGGAGGAGGUGGGCCUGGGCCCCGGCUCGGGCCCCGACACGGACUCGCUGAGCCUGCUGAGCCUGCGCACGGUGGCCUCCGACCUGCAGAAGUGCGACUCCGUGGAGCACCUGCGCGGCCUGUCGGACCAUGCCAGCCUGGACGGCCAGGAGCUGGGGCCCAGGCCUGGGGCCCGCGGGGGCCGCCACCAGCGCAGCGUCAGCCUGUAGCGUGGGGCUGGGACUGCAGUGUCCCUGCGGGCUCGGCGCCCUGCGCAGCGUAUUCCUGCUGUGGGGACCUCAGCUUCCCUGGGAGAGGCCAGCUUGCCUGCUCCCCGCCCUGGCUUCAGGGCCUCCCUCAGCCUGGAGGCCCCGGCUGCUGCUCCCUUCCCGGGCUGCCACCCUGGCUUCCUCUGUGACUGCUCGCCCUCCCUUGCCCAACCGUCCUUGGGGUCCCUUGGUGUGGAGGACACGGGAGCUCUGUGGAGGAAGUGGCCCCAGCCCGCGGGGAGGACCCGUCUGCCUGCCCCGAGCAGCUGCAGGUGCCAGGCCCUGCUCUUCCUGGCUGGGGCCAGGUGUGACCUUCGGGAUGGACCUUGUGCCCUUCAGAGGGCCUGACGAUGCAGUGUGGGGCAGCAGCUGGCCCUGUCGGCCGUGUCCACCCUGCGCUGGCCCAGUGUGUGGCGGGUCCCGGCGGCUGUCCGUACAUCGCCAAGGUGCUAGCGGGUCCGUCCGGCGCAGUGCUGUGCGGUGGGGUGCCGUGGCCCUGGAGUCUGGCCUUGCUGGCUGGCGCCCUCCCUCGGUGGCGUUUGGAACCUGGUGCUCAAUUGCUCUCCCUGGAGCCAGGUGCCCCCUGUGCAUGGCGCCAGGAGACGUGGCCUGUCAGGGCUCCCCGUCUUUCCUCAGCUGGUCAGGAGCCGUGCCAGGCAGCGCUUGUGCCUCAGGAGAGCUGGUUCUUCCUGCCAGGAUGGGCUCCGUCUUUGACCCGGGUUUCCUGGUUUUGGGGUGAAGGGACAGUCACGAUGAGAACCUGGGGUUUGAGGUGGCCGCGGGGAGCGAGGCUGGGAGGGCGGCGUGCGUGUGCAUGUGCUGGUGUGCGUGGGAGAGGCCCUGCCAGAUCUAUUUAAAUAAAUAGUUUAUGUAAGA